AUGCUCACAUCACCAGCUAUCGACGAGGCGACAUUCGCUAAGCUCGAGCUCUUUGGCCAGUACAGCUCUGCGUCGUACUGCAGCAACAACUUCAACUCCACGGGCGAUAAGAUUACCUGCGAUGGUGGGAAUUGCCCGUUGGUGGAGGCUGCUGGUGCAACCUCAGUUCAUGAGUUCGAGAACUCCGAAGCAUAUGGCGGCGUCACAGGAUACAUCGCGGUGGACGCAAUCAACAAAGCCAUCGUCUUGACCUUCCGGGGUAGUUCGAAUCUCAAGAACUGGCUAGCGAACCUCAACUUCCCCUUGACCGAUUUCACCGACAUCUGCGAGGGAUGCCAAGUCCACCGCGGCUUCUUGGAAGCGUGGAACGCGGUAGCGGAGGACGUCACUGCGAAGUUGAAGGAAGCCCAGGAAAGCAACCCUGACUUCUCUCUCGUCUUCACGGGACACAGCCACGGCGCUGCACUGGCUGCUGUCGGGGCGACUAUCUUCCGCAAGGCCGGCGAUGCCGUCGAGCUGGUCAAUUACGGCCAGCCUCGGAUCGGGAAUAUGGAGUUGAUGGAGUACAUCACCAAGGAAGCGGCCGAUUCCACCUAUCGUGUCACCCACACCAACGACAUUGUUUGCAAGGUCCCACCCAAGGCAUUGGGAUUCCACCAUUUCGCCCCUGAGUACUUUAUCACUAGCGGGGACAACACCACCGUGACCACAGCGGAUGUUGAAGCGAUUACCGAGAUCGACUCCGAUAAGGGCAACGCUGGGGCUGACGGGACGACCACCGAGGCGCAUCGUUGGUAUUUCGUUACCAUGAGUGGAUGUGAAUAA